AUGAAUAUAGAUUUGAAUGCUAGUCCUCGGAAUGAUGGUCUUGAAGACAGUUUCACCGACAAUCUGUGUAUGGAUGCAUUUCCCAAUAAUGAUGAUACAAGUGAGGAUGAAGAGGAACAAGUGUUUGAGUUGAGCAGUUCGCCUCAUGAAAAUUAUUCGAGUGAUGAUGCUGAAGCAAUUGGAGUCGGGGAAGAUGCUGAAGCAACUGGAGAUGGGGAAGAUGAUGAAGAAACUGGAGAUGGGGAUGAUGACGAUGAAGCUACUGGAGAUGGUGAAGAUUGUCGUCAAUCCAAGAAUUCUGCUGAUGCGAAAGUCGCUGACACAGAAGUUGGUGAAUGUUCAGUGCAGGUUUCGAAACAAUUAGUGGAAAGUUUGUUGAAUGUUGGUUGUUAUGUUGAUACCUUGGACGAGGUCCAUGUGUUGUAUCGUGAGUAUGGACGGCUGUCUGGAUUUUCAGUUAGAAAAGGAAGUCAAUCGUAUUUCCUCAAUUCGAUGACAGUUCGAUCAAAGAUGUAUAAUUGUUCAUGCGAGGGCUUGCCUGAUAAUAAGUGCUCCAUCGAGAGAGUUCCGGUAUGCAAAAGACAGUCGUAUAGGUGCAAUUGCAAGGUGAAGCUCCGUGUUGCUCGAGAUGAAGGUGACUCACCAUGGAAGGUGACCAUUUUCGAUAACGACCACAACCACAAAUUGCUUGACCCUAGCGAGAGUUACCUGCUCCGUUCAGCCCGCAAUAUGUCUCAAUCAAAGAAGACUUUGCUCAUUGCAUUGACGUCUAGCGGCAUUGGUGUUAGUCGGGCUUACCGUUUUUUGGAGAAUGAAGCAGGUUGUCGUGCUAAUGUAGGCUUUCUACGCAAGGAUGUGUACAACGCCCUCAAUAUUGAGCGUAGAGAAAUGUCGAAAGUUGAAAAUGUAGAUGUGAAUAGGCUUAUUGAGUAUUUCACCGAUAAAGGUUUGCGUGACCCAUUAUUCUAUUGGAAGGUGAAGGUUGGGGAUGACGGAUGA